AUGUCACCCUUAGCUACCAUUUGUCUCUUUUCCAUCCUUUCAAUCAUCCCAUUUCUCGCCUCUGCCAAUACCUCCAUAAAUUUUGAAAUCUUACGCAACAAAUACGAAGUUCAUGUGAUCAAUGGCUUCAGCAGCAAUGCCCAGCCAUUGUUACUCCGUUGUUGGUCAAAGAACGACAAUCUUGGGAACCACACCCUCUAUAUCGGCGGAGACUUCAACUUCCGGUUCGGCCUCCGGGUUAUACCUCCCUCUAGCCAUUUCUACUGUGAUUUCAAUCACGGUGCAAAUUAUCUUAAAGAAGUUAGUGUGUUUGAUGAGGAUGAGGUAUUGGGUUUGUGCAGCCGCACGAAAACUUGUUAUUGGCGUAGCCAAGACGACGGGCUCUAUUUCAGCAAUGACAACUCCUCUUGGAAAAAAUUGUAUAUGUGGAAUUAG